GAACUAUAGGGUACGGAUUGUUUCAAGAAUUGUAGUUUGAUAUAUUAAACAAAACAAAUCAUGAAAAUUAUCUCUCUCUUCCUAGUUUUAUCUUGCUGCAGCCUAGCGUUAGCUGUUCAGUAUUGUUCCGUUUGUGCAUAUGGAAUUUGCCAAAAUAAUGCCGCUUGCAUUGAUCAAGGUUUAAGUGAUGCUCCAGGAUGUAUAUCUUUCUGGGUUGACUAUGGACCAAGACAAAAUGCUUCAUAUUCUGCCUGCUGGGACCCGACUACUGGAACCUGUGAACAGAUAAUUGAAGCGGAAAAGAAGGAAGGAUUUGAUGCUGGGUGCAACAUUUGUUAUGAAGACAACUGCAAUGCCCCACCAGCUUCGGUUUACUAAGCUUUAUUCGUUUCAUAAUGUAAAUGACAAAUAGAAUAAUUUCUUGGAGGUUCAAUUAAAUGUAUCUU